GCUCCGUCAGUCUAUCUCUGUGUCGACCGGAAUGGCUUUCAAUCUGUUCGUAAUAUCGCUGCUUCUUUUUCCAUUUCCAGCUUCAAAAUCGCAAGAACAGAUUAUUAAGUAAUCAAGGGAAUUGAGAUGGCUUUCUUCUCCGGAAUCUACCGGUACCGGAAAAUUCAAUCCCUAUCAGCUCAAUCGAAUCUUUACGGCAACUCUUUGAGCUCCAUUUUCUUGUAUCCGUAUCUUGGAACUCAGUGGUUCAGUACUGACAGUGACUCGGCCACUCGGAUGGAUUUUCCGGGAGAGAACGCAUACCGAAUCUUAGAAGUUGCAGAGACCAGCUCAUUCCAGGAAAUCAAAGCGUCGUUUCGGAAAUUAGCCAAAGAAACUCAUCCAGACCUCGCUCAAUUCAAGAGCGAUUCCUCUGCAUCGAAACGUUUCGUCCAAAUCCUCGCUGCUUAUGAGAUCCUUUCAGAUUCCAAGAAGAGGGCCCAUUAUGAUAGGUAUCUGCUAUCCCAGAGACAAUUUUUGCAGCAGCAUUCUGGACAGGGUCCAAUUUUGUACACAUACGAAUCCGAUACAAGCAUGAAUAAGCAGAUGGAAGUUGUUGAAUGGUUAAAAUGGUAUAGAUUGGCUAUAAAUAAUAUAGUGUCUGAGAGGAAAGCAGUGGUUGGAACUGGCUAUUUUGAUGUUCUUGAAGCUGAUUUUUAUGCAGCCAUAAAUGCAGCAUACUAUGGACCAGAAAUUGAGUCCAUGGACCUUCUUCCUGAUCGAUUUGAAGCUGAGGAGAGGUCUGUGUAUGAAAAUCCAGAAGUCCUGCACUUGGUUUCAGGGCGCAAUCUUUUUGGAAUGGUAUGCCUAGUUAAUGGGAUUCCUAAGUUACCAUAUGCCUGCCAUGAAAAAUUGGCUUCCUUUUCAUCUGUUGGUUCAUUUAUGCAUCAGUCUACUAAGAAUGCAAGUAUUUGCACAGAAUCUGGCAAAGAAAAUAGUAUUGGAAUUUCUGAGAUGCAAAUCCAAGAUACUGAAAAUGAUGCAUCUGAUGCAUAUAAAGAUUUGGAAUUGCAUGUAUGUGGAAGAGUCAUUGCUAUGGCCAUUAGAGUGCCUCCUAAAAGCUCUUAUGGUGGGAUACAUGACGAGGAUGCCCAAGAUCAUAUACAUGUUUUUCUUGCUUCUAAUGGUGAAUCUGUGUACAACAGUAAAGGAUUUUCUGGGGAUUGUUUCCCUGAUGUUGCAGUUGGAUCUAGAAUUCUACUGGGAACAAUAACUGGACUUGGGACCAGCCCAGAAGAGGGGUCAUGUUUUGUUUAUGAUAGCAAUGGUACAAAAACCCAUGUGAUAAUGAAGCACAGGACACUGCUGGUGAAGCACAUGCAUUGGUAUCCUGUGGGAGAGAAAGUUUCUGUUUGUGAGUGUAGAUGCUGUAGAGCCCGGUUACCACCUAGCAAAUUUUGGUUAUUUGAACCGCGCUGCAGCACGCAUGACAUAGGGGGGUGGUAUAUUGAAACAUUUGGCAAAGAUAAGAAAGGCCGGACAGUUCCAUCCCAGAGGUAUUGGGAUGGUUUUGAUGCAAACAAGCAAUUUGAUGAGAGACUACAUCCAGCUAUGUAUUUGCUUGCCCUUGCUUAUAGAACUCUUGAUAUUGAAGAUGCAAAAAGAAAGAAAAAGACCAUCAGAGACAUCAUUGAAGGAAGCCUGUUCAGAAUUUUCAGUUGGUGCAAGAAACUUGCUUGAGAGGAACGCCCUUUAGGGCUGGCAGACACUGUGACUACAUCUCUUUGACAAGCUUUUAAGCUUUUAAGUAUUGUUUGUUCCAAUCUGUCUUGUUCCCAGUGCUCUAGUUGGUUGUCUUUAGGAUUAGGCCAGGCAUUCGAGGAGGGAUGAUAAUCCUUGUAUUUUGAAUUCGAAUAUAGAGGCCAACAGCUUUUUCAAGGGAGAAGAGAAAUUUGUUGACUGUUUAUAGGCUGCUAGUCUUGUGGGAGUGUUGAGUGGGGAUAUUAAAGGUAUAUAUUAGGA